UUAUCAUCACCAGGUCGUGACACGCGGCGGUAGCGCGAUCGCGGGCAACGAGCGUCGCCGUUGCGCCGAUAUGCGCGAUCGUUUCUCGGCGCGUCGCCACGUCGCCGAGAAGUAUUACGAUUGCCUGCAAUGCGCCGAGCAGUGCCGUCACGCGGACAACGGCAACCCCAGCGGCGGCGGGAACAACAACAAUAACUACAGCAACAACAAUAACGGCAAGAACGACGGCGGGGCCGUCGGUCGUCGGAUUCGCGACAGCUACCGUCUGCCCGCCACGAGCGCGGAGUUGUAUCUCGACGAGGAGGCGUCCCCCGACGAACUCAGGAGAAUUCGGAGCGCGAGGAGCAUCAGCCUGGGCAAGUCCCUGGCGAGGCAUCAGCCCGCUCACCUGACGCCGGUCAAGAAGAGGUCCUCGCUGGCGCGACCGGUUCGCGUCCACGACUCCUUCGUGCAGCCGAGACGGCCGAUGGCCGAGGAGAACGGCUAUCACCAAGACGAUCCGCAGCGCGGCCAGCAGACCAAGAACCCGUGGUGGUGGGAGCGGCGGGAUCAUCAGGAGCCUAACACGUCGAGCUACGCCUAUCACCGCGACACCGAGGACGGCAGCGCCGGCUGGCCUAUUCGCCUGCGGCUCGAGCAGAUGCUGGAGCUCACGUUGCCGCAGACCAAGCGCAGGAAGAAGAAGAAGAAGAAGAAAAAGACGGCGACGGCGACGGCGACGAUGAUGCUGAUGAAGCAGCAGCAGCGCGGCAGGCACAGCUUCAAGGAUACCGAGAAGCUCCUCAAGGUACUCAGCAUUAACAAUGUGGACCAAGAUAAUAGGUACAACGUCAAACGAUGUUCCGUCAUGUAGAGAUUAGCGUAAAGAGAGAGAAGGAGGAAGACAAAAAAAUGAAAAGUAACAAACAAAAAAAAAGCAGACUUCUUAAGGAGACACCGUAGGACUCUCUGAUACGCUCGUAUCUGGAAUCCUGCUUUCGGGCGUUACUCGCGGCCGAGUGGAGCCACGAAGAUCGAAGCUUCGAGUCUGUGCUUUUGGUACUUAUGUAAUAAUUUUCGGUGAGUUUUUUGUUUCAUUUAAAUUCUUUGUUUCUCAGUUGUGGAACGCGUGGGGAGAGACAAGCGAGAAGUCGCAGCGCGACGAAAAUCUCCCGCGCGCAUUUAUCUUCGUCUUUCAUUUAUCUAUCUGAAUUUUACUUGUAUACGAAAAUUGUCUGAAAAUUUCAUUCGUAUUCGUAUUAUUUAAAUCAACUUUUACCGUGGACAGUAAUAAGUAUUACUUUUGUAGUAACUCCUGUGUUAGAUACCGCUAAUUGGGAGGGCUCUGGAAAGAUGGAUUUUUUUUCUUUAUUUUUCUAAUAAUUUGUAAUCUGUUUCAAUCUUUAUUCUGAAUUUAUUAUUAUUAAUAACGAAAAAAUUGCUAACUACUCGCGACGUUUCGAAGCGUUUCAUUCUUCGACGACCAUUCGCGGCCUCGAUAACGCGCAAAGCACUUUAGAGACAGAAACCGUUUCCGUUUCGUUCUUCCUAGCUCUUUUCUCGGUUUAAAGCUAGAGAUUAUCUACCCCUAGCUCUGCGUAUCCCCGAUCCGCUGCUCCGGCGUCUCGAGAUCCAAUAACCCUUUAUUGCUUUUGAUCGGACAUUUUUACUUUUAUAGGACGAAGUGGUCAGUGUCGCGACCCAAAAGAAAAAAAAGCUUUAUAUAUAGCAACUCAGCGACUUAUAAUCCAUUAUUACUCGCGCGAAAGUUUAUCGCGUCUCGUCGCUUGGUUUUUUAAAAGUCCACAGAGAUCAACACUUUAUAUCUCCCGUGUGCACAGGUGCGCACAAUCGGAGCUAAUUAAUCGUUCGUAUACCCGCAUCCGCGCGAUAGCGAACCAAAAGGAUUUCAAGCGAGGCGGCGAGAGGAAAGAGAGAAAGUAAAAACCAAUUUCAUUCCACUAAACUGCCUGGGAUCAUCGCGGACGCUUUAAUCGCGAGCUCCUCCCAAGUUUUCGCGGCGACAGCACCACUCCGAAUUAUUUUUUAUAUAUAUCGAGGAAACAACCGAGCGGUAUAAUAUCGUGCCGGGCGCGAAAAUUACUCACGGCGGCUUUUGCGAAUCGCCUGUUUGCGAUUGGAGAAACGAGUGAACGUAGGUGGGUGCAUCGCAUCUAUAUAUACGGUCUAGCCAGAGUGGUAACUUUCGAGAAAAUGAAAUUCGUAAUGCGGAAUUUAUAACUAUACCACCUUCCAAUUACGUUUUAGAGUAUCAUGAGAGACUCUUAGAGAAUAUACGAAAUACUUCUACUUAUUAUUCUCUUCAAAGCUGGUCUUUGUAUAAUUAUUAUUAAUUCUGUAACCUGAUAACGUUCGCUCUUUAACUGUAGCUGAUAUCAUCGCGCGUUAUUAAAUUGACGUCAUACGCGAGGUGCUGGGAAAGCAGCGGUUUAUAUUUGUGGGGACAAAUAAGAUUUCGCGAUAUACCACCUACGUUCGCUCAGUCUCCACGUGCUCGUCCCGUUGACGCGUGGACGACGAUCGUUCCGGUGGAGAGCAGCAAGUAUGUACCUAUACAAACAACGGAUGUACACGCGUAAAUCCAAGUGCCAUAUAUUGCGUCGCGACAGCAUUAAAGCCUAUAUAAAACCUAAGCAUUUUGAAUGAACGUUCCAGUAUUAAGUACAUAACAAACAUAAGGUGUGUGAUUCGAACGUGUAAUUCGUGACGCGCGAUGAUUCGAGAUACGCACUCAACCCCGCCCUCCUACCCACCGUCGUCGUGUCGUAGGUAACCCAUACGUGCAUAUAAAUAAAAUAGAGGGUAAUUCGAAACCCUCCACCCCCCCACCCUACCCCCUUCCUCUGUCCGCGAAACGUACGUCACGAGGGAGAUAGAGUCGGUUCGCGUGAGCUCACCUGCGCGUUAAAAUCGUAACACGAUUGACGAUCGAUGAAAGUGAGUGACGAUGCUACAAUCUCGGAUUGCGGAUCUUAUAAAUUCGCAAUCGUCAAAGCAGCAAAACUAUUUUCAACAAACACACACACACACACACACACACACACACACACACACACACACACAAAACACACGUUACGUUUUCGAUUCAUUUCCGCCGCUAAUUUGCACAUUUCCGAUUCGCGAGGCGAUAUCGCGAGAGAAAACGACGACGUCGAGGAUCCCGCGCCACACGUUUGACAAAAUAAGAAUGCCGCGCGCGCAUUUAAGGGGCAUUUACACGAUUCUCGACUCCGUCGCGAUUUUAACACGCGUGCAGGACACUCGCGAAUCGAGCUGGUGAGAUAAUACGUAGGAUACCUUAUACAGCGCGACACCAAAGCGCGCGGAUUAGGUGCGAGAGAGUAUUCGUUAAUAUAUGUUAUUGCAUUGUAAUUGUAUUCUCACGAGUGCCCUUCCUUCGUUAAGCGUUACAACUCUAAUCGAGUUGUCGAAGCGUAGCGUAGAGAGAUUACGUGAAGCUGACCUGCAAAGCCACCACUCCCAGUAUUUUGUAAAAAAAAAAAAGAAGAGAAAAAAAAAGAGUACGUAUUUUACGAGUUUACGGGAUUGCGAUCCACCACACGGCGUUCAGCACGAUCGGAGACGCGCGCGCGAUCCGCGUUAACGGAUCGCGAGUCGAAUAAAUCGCGAUAGGACGAUUUAGAUUUAGCGAGCGGCUCACUGUGUGCGUAUCUUUGUUUUUUUUUUUUGUAUGCUUUCGUUUUGGGAUUCAUUGUGCCGAGAUAUGGGAGAGGAGGUUUGACUUCGAACCGGGCGUGAGAAUGGCUGCGGAUUAUUAACUGUAUCCGGUUUGACGUAAUCCUCGAUGUUGAUGGAUAUGUUAACGAGUCUAUAGUCCGUUUACAGAGAGAACCUUUGUUAUACACCCGUGCAAAAUGUAUCGUUUGGCCGGAAAAAUAGACUGCACGAAAAAAAUAUAUUAUCUAUAUAAAAAAAAAAAUAUAUAUAUAUAUAUAUAUCA